AUGGCUGGAAACAUCCUCAUCAUUGUGCCAGUUGUGGCUGAUCAGCACCUUCACACUGCCAUGUACUUCUUCUUGGGGAACUUUUCCUGCUUGGAAACCUGCUAUAUAUGCACCAUCCUGGCCAAGCUGCUGGCCUGUCUCCUGACUGGGGACAAGACCAUUUCAUUCAAUGAGUGUGUCACACAAUUUUAUUUCUUUGGUUAUCUAGCAGGUACGGAAUACCUUCUCCUGUCGGUGAUGUCUUACGGGUUUCUGGCAGCCAAGCUGGGUUUGUGGAUCCCAGAGGGCCAGAAUCACUCAGUCUGUUCGUUGCAGGAAACCAACUAUCCAGACUCCCAGUCCAGUGCCCUGUCUGCUCCACCAUGUCCAAUUGUAUUUGACAAUGAGACUGAAGGUUUCCUUCUUAUCUUGAUGUCCUAUGUCUGCAUCAUUGCCACCAUCCUGAGAAUCCUAUCCACCUCUGGGAGGCAAAAGACCUUUUCCACCUGCUCCUCUCACCUCAUUGUGGUGAGCAUUUAUUAUGCAACUCUGCUGACUGUCUAUAUGUUCCCAACCACUGACAUCCUAACCAAUUUCAAGAAAGUUCUCUCUGUCGUCUAUGCCGUCCUGACCCUUCUGGUUAAUCCCCUCAUCUACAGCCUGAGAAACAAAGAGGUCCAGGAGGCCCUGAGGAAUGCUUGCAGGAAAUUCAUGUUUGGACCAUGCUAA